AAGGAGAACGAAAAAGAAGACGCCUGAUAGGCUUUCUAUACGUCGGAGUGGCAUUCCUUUCGCACCUAGGGGCUUCCCCUCGUACUUCCUGCAUGCGCAGUCCUUUCGUUCAACGCCGAAACUGAGCAGAAACUGACGUAUUUGUCGAGAACGGACGAGCCUUUCAUCACGCGAGAGACCUUGGGUCUAUUUAUGCCCGUCCUCCCAGCCUGACAAUUCGUGUGAUACCAUCUCUUGAUACGCUGUGAGGGCUGCUUUUUAGCCCAGACGUGGAGAUGGAUACGUUGACGAAAGAGGUUGACAAGCUCCAGGUUGAAGACGAUCCCACUGUGACACAACCCACGGAGACAACAACAACAACUACAUCAACAACAGCAGCAGAUGCUGACCAACCGCCGCCCCCGGCUGAAACUGAACUUGUAGCAGCGCCAACACCUGGAUCUGCACAGGAUCCUGCGUCUACUGUAGAACACGCUCCAGAGCCUGAGUCCGCACCAGUCCCUGAAAACUUGGUUCCACAAACCCCGGAGCAAGAAAUUCCCGCCCGUAUUGAUGAGACGCCCUCGAAUUAUUCACAGACGUACAAUAACGGCUAUAGCAACGGACAGCAAAGUCACCACUCGUCAUUCUCCCCUGAAUACAUUCAGUCAACUACACCAGCGCUACAUACACAUGAGAGUGAUCUCUCACCUGCGUCAAGGCAUAACUCCCCCACCAUGUCUUAUCAACAAUACCAACUUCCCUCACAACCCGCCUCUCGUCCAGGAUCGGGGGUGUCGAACUCUGGAGAUAGAUAUGGAUACUCUCAGCAAUACCACGACCAGAAUCCAAGGCAGCAACAGCAGCAGCAGCAGCAGCAGCAGCAUCAACAGCAAACACAACAGCAUCAGCAACAAUCGGCAGCACCAAGCAAGAAUAGUGUUGUGAUUAAGGUUGGAAUGGUUGGUGACGCUCAGAUUGGCAAAACGAGUUUGAUGGUCAAGUAUGUCGAGGGUAGCUGGGACGAGGACUAUAUCCAGACUUUAGGGGUCAAUUUCAUGGAAAAGACUAUUUCAAUCCGGAACACAGAAAUCACCUUUUCAAUCUGGGAUCUAGGUGGACAGCGAGAAUUUGUCAACAUGUUACCCCUUGUCUGCAAUGACGCAGUGGCCAUCUUGUUCAUGUUCGACCUCACCCGGAAAAGUACACUUAAUUCCAUCAAAGAGUGGUAUCGACAAGGGAGAGGAUUCAACAAGACUGCCAUACCUUUCCUCGUUGGAACUAAAUAUGAUCAUUUUGUCAAUUUCCCCCGCGAAGACCAGGAGGAAAUAUCAAUACAAGUAAGACCCUUAGCCUUUUUGCAAUUUUUGGUUACAAACUGUAGAAUGAAGGCUGAUUAGUCCUGACAGGCCAAACGGUUUGCCAAGGCGAUGAGGGCGAGUUUAAUAUUUAGUAGCACCAGCCACAGUAUCAACGUACAAAAGGUGGGUUGUUGCGCCAUUCAAUUUAUUCCAAGGUCCUCUGCUAACUGUACUCUGUAAGAUAUUUAAAAUCGUCCUCAGCAAGGCAUUUGACCUUAAAUGCACAAUCCCUGAGAUUGAGAAUAUUGGUGAACCCUUGUUGCUGUAUCAAUCUGUCUAAGCCGAGGACAAGGUGUUGAUGAAAGUGACGACUAUAUAUGUCUCCAUGAUGUAACGGACUAGCAACUACGAUCGACGAAACAAGUCUUGCUAUCAAUGGUCCCACGCUGAAGAUAAGAUGGCCG